AUGCUUCUACUGCACUCAAUGCGUUCCCAAAUCUUGCCGCCUCAAAACGCCACAUCCUACGCAUUUGUUGUUGUGGAUUAUUUUGCUCAUCAAUUGGAUAUUCCCACAUUGCUCGUGGUCUUGUCCAUCGCUAAAGCUGCCCAGGUCAGCAAUGUUUUUCAAAGUUUUGAUAGCCUUACUUGGCAAAAUGGUGCAUCUUACCCAUAUAGGACUCCUGCUGCUCCUAAUUGGAUUGCUCAAUUGUCAUGGAAAAUCUUGGGCUCAAACGUUCAAGCCGGUGACUCAUUCACAUUGCACAUGCCUUGUGUCUUCAAGUUCACCACUACUUCGACCGGAGUCAGUUUAGCUGUUGGUGACACCGUGUAUGCCACAUGUAAUUUCGCUCCUGGUGAUUUGGUUGUUGCUUACUCUGAAUUGCAAUGUGUUGCAACAAGCAAUGUCAAAGCAAGCACUAAUGCUUAUGGUUCUGUUAGUUUCCCAUUGACUUUUAACACCGGUGGCUCCGCCAAUGCCGUUGAUCUCCAGGACUCAAAAUGUUUCACUGAAGGAACCAAUACGGUCACUUUUACCGAUGGAGGAAACCCUCUUAGUAUUCAAACUAAUUUUCAAGGCGGUUCAAAUACCAAUGCCCAAUUGGGAAUUGGAACCGAUUCUAUCAUCUAUUCUAAUCGUGUUGUUCCCUCAUUGAACAAACAACAGUUGUAUCUUGUUGCUGGCAAUUGCCCUAGCGGCUACACUAGCGGUACCUUGGGUGUUUCUGUUACUUCGGGUCUGAUUGAUUGUCUGACAAUUCAUGCUGCAAUUAGUAACUCCUUCAAUGCAUGGUUCCUUCCUACUUCGGCAUCAUCUUUCCAAUACACUACUUCUUGUAACUCCAACGGUUACUCAAUUCGGUACUCAAAUGUUCCAGCCGGCUAUAGACCAUAUAUAGACCUCCUUGCUCUGGUGGCUACAGGUAGUCGAUUGAGAACAGUAUUCACUAACCAAUAUAGAUGUUCAAACAGUUUGUUCACCACAGAUAACUCAAGAACAGUCACAUGGAGUCCAUACAACAAUGACCAAGUUGGCUCUAAUGGUGAAGAAGUUGUUGUGACCACAGAAACUUAUUAUGGAUCAACAACUGCCGUGACUACUUUACCAUUCAGUUCUGGUAUUGAUAAGACAAAAACGAUUGUUGUUGAUGUGCCUAUUCCCACUACAACUGCAUUUGAAAAGAUUUGCGCUUCUGCUAAAUCUUUUGAGACCAUUAAAGCAACACCAGGUGCCACAGCUACAAUCAUUGAAUAUGAUCCGGAUGUAUCAUUGUGUCCUUUGGCCAGCUCGAGCAGUGAGGAACCUACUACUAGUGAGGAACCAUCUUCCAGUGAGGAACCUACUACUAGCGAAGAACCAUCUUCCAGUGAGGAAUCUACUUCUAGUGAGGAACCAUCUUCCAGUGAGGAACCAACUACCAGCGAGGAGCCAUCUUCUACUGAAGAAUCAUCUUCCAGUGAGGAACCUACUACUAGCGAAGAACCAUCUUCCAGUGAGAAAUCUACUUCCAGUGAGGAACCAUCUUCCAGUGAGGAACCAACUACCAGCGAGGAGCCAUCUUCUACUGAAGAAUCAUCUUCCAGUGAAGAACCUACCACUAGCGAAGAACCUACUACUAGCGAAGAACCAUCUUCCAGUGAGGAACCUACUACUAGCGAAGAACCAUCUUCCAGUGAGGAACCUACUACUAGCGAAGAACCUACUACUAGCGAAGAACCUACUUCCAGUGAGGAACCAUCUUCCAGUGAGCAACCUGCUACUAGCGAGGAGCCAUCUUCUACUGAGGAACCUACCACUAGCGAAGAACCUACUACCAGCGAAGAACCUACUACCAGCGAGGAACCAUCUUCCAGUGAGGAACCAACUACCAGUGAGGAACCAACUACCAGCGAGGAACCAACUACCAGUGAGGAACCAACUACCAGUGAGGAACCAACUACCAGCGAGGAACCAACUACCAGUGAGGAACCAACUACCAGUGAGGAACCAACUACCAGCGAGGAGCCAUCUUCUACUGAGGAACCAUCUUCCAGUGAGGAACCAUCUUCCAGUGAGGAACCUACCACUAGCGAAGAGCCAUCUUCUACUGAGGAACCAUCUUCCAGUGAGGAGCCAUCUUCUACUGAGGAACCAUCUUCUACUGAGGAACCAUCUUCUACUGAGGAACCAUCUUCUACUGAGGAACCUACUACUAGUGAAAAACCUACUUCCAGUGAGGAACCUACCACUAGCGAAGAACCUACUACUAGUGAACUGUCAAUUUCGUCUUCGUCGAUUGUACCGCCAUAUCAAAAUUCAACUGUCCCCGAAAGUUCAUCCUUCAAUACAGAUACGGGUACCGAGAUUCCACCAACAGGCACAGACACAAAUGUCCCACCAACAGGCACCAACACUGGCGUCCCACCAACUGGCACAGACACAAAUGUUCCACCAACUGGCACCGAUACGAAUGUUUCACCAACAGGUACAGACACGAAUGCCCCACCAACAGGCACCAACACUGGCGUCCCACCAACUGGCACAGACACAAAUGUUCCACCAACUGGCACAGGCACAAAUGUUCCACCAACUGGCACCGAUACCAAUGUCCCACCAACUGAUACAAACACUGGCGUCCCACCAACUGGCACCGAUACCAAUGUCCCACCAACUGGUACAAACACUGGCGUUCCACCAACUGGCACAGACACAAAUGUUCCACCAACAGGUACAGACACGAAUGUCCCACCAACAGGCACCAACACUGGCGUCCCACCAACUGGCACAGACACAAAUGUUCCACCAACUGGCACAGACACAAAUGUUCCACCAACUGGCACCGAUACCAAUGUCCCACCAACUGGUACAAACACUGGCGUCCCACCAACUGGCACCGAUACCAAUGUUCCACCAACAGGUACAGACACGAAUGUCCCACCAACUGGUACAAACACUGGCGUCCCACCAACUGGCACAGACACAAAUGUCCCACCAACUGGUACAAACACUGGCGUCCCACCAACUGGCACAGAUACCAAUGUCCCACCAACAGGCACAAACACUGGCGUUCCACCAACAGGUACAGACACUGGCGUUCCACCAACAGGUACAGACACUGGCGUCCCACCAACAGGCACAAACACUGGCGUUCCACCAACUGGCACAGACACAAAUGUCCCACCAACUGGUACAAACACUGGUGUUCCACCAACAGGUACAGACACUGGCGUCCCACCAACUGGCACCGAUACCAAUAUUCCACCAACUGGCAUAGACACAAAUGUCCCACCAACAGGUACAGACACGAAUGUCCCACCAACAGGUACAAACACUGGUGUUCCACCAACAGGUACAGCCACUGGUGUUCCAACUACAGGCACCGAUACCAUUAUUCCACCAACAGGUACAGACACGAAUGUCCCACCAACUGGUACAAACACAAAUGUCCCACCAACUGGUACAAACACUGGCGUUCCACCAACAGGUACAGACACUGGUGUUCCAACAACAGGCACAGACACAAAUGUUCCACCAACAGGCACCGAUACCAUUAUUCCACCAACAGGCACAAACACUGGCGUUCCACCAACAGGCACAGACACAAAUGUUCCACCAACAGGUACAGACACGAAUGUCCCACCAACUGGUACAAACACUGGUGUUCCACCAACAGGUACAGACACUGGCGUCCCACCAACAGGCACCGAUACGAAUGUUCCACCAACUGGGACAGAGACUGGAACCUCUUCAUCUGGCACAAAUGUUGAACUUGCACCACCCAUAGAAACUGGAAAUGGAACAGGGUCUCAAUUAUCAGAAAGUAGCACUAAUGCUCAACCAACUGGUUCUAAUAGCGAUAAUGGUGGCCAAUCAAAUGAACAAACUAAUGGUAACAAUAGUGCACAACCAAGUGAAUUUUACGGCAGUGGAUCUGGACCUAAAGCUAGCGGGGAAGAGACAGCUGUGGCAUCAUUGACCACAAUUGCUACCCAAUCAGCACCCUCAGUUUCAGAGUCUGCUAUUAUUAAUGUUCCAACAGCAUCAGCUUUCGAAGGUGCUGCUGCUCCUCAAUUUGUUAAGCAUUCGUCUUUGUUGACUGGGUGCAUUUUCCUUAUUACCAUUUUGAUCUGA